AUGUCGCGUGCCGGAAGACUUGAAGGAAAGGUAGCCAUUGUCACAGGAGGCGGAGCUGGAUUUGGAGUUGGGAUUGUGGAGAAGUUUGUCAUCGAGGGGGCAAAGGUUGUUGUCCUCGACAUCAAUGAGAAAGACGCAAAGAAAGUGGCCAGCGCACAACCGAAUGGUUCAACUGUUGGGAUCAAGGGAGAUGUUUCCUCUGAAGCGGAUUGGAAAAUUGCCCUGGAUAUUGCUGUCAAGACUUUUGGAAGACUGGACGUGGUAGUCAACAACGCUGGCGUUGUUUAUAAGGCUUGUCCCAGUAUUGAGACAAGUGAGGAAGACUACGACAGGGUUAUGAGGGUGAAUCUGAAAUCCAUCUACUGGAGUUCAAAGGUCAUCAUCCCCUACUUCUUAGCUGAGCAUAUUGGUGGUCUGUUCAUCAACAUCUCCAGUAUGGCAUCCCCUAGACCACGACCUUCUCUGGUUUGGUACGGUGCCAGCAAGGGUGGUGUUACCAACGCUACAAAGGGACUUGCCAUUGAGUGGGCGAAGCAUAACAUUCGGUUCAAUGUCAUCCACCCCGUGGCUGGCGAAACGAACAUGGUUCCCUUUUUCCUCGGGGGUCCGGAUUCUCCUGAGGCUCGCGUAGGAAUGAUGAACACAAUCCCUCUCGGUCGAUUUGCAUUACCAGCAGAUAUUGGCAAUGCAGCGGCAUUUUUGGCAAGCGAUGAGGCCAGUAUGAUCACAGGGGCUGCCCUUGAUGUGGAUGGCGGACGGGGCAUCUGA